GGAGCUGGCAGCACAAUUUCUGACAAAUGACUAAUGAUACUUAUGACAGUCUUAUCUUCGUUUUUCCAGAAUUCAGAAAUCAGGAAAUUUAGAUAUUUUAUCAAAUAAUCAACCUAAGUAAAACAAUAAAUCGUUUUCUAUUAAGAAGGUAUUUAGUGUGAAUUGUAUGUAUGUAUUGUUAGUGAAAGUGAAUCAACUUUUAUGUUACCUAGUUUAUUACAGAAAAUCAUUUAUUAAUUUACAGAAACGUAUAUUUAUAUAAUAGAAAUAAAACAAAAUAUUUUAAAGCUAAGGAUAAGCCGUAAUACGUGUUCUUUCUGAAUCUUCAAUAUAUCUACUAAUAGCAUAGGUAGUAAUUAUCUUCAGUUUUAUACGCUGUAGUGAAUGAAUUAGCUGCCUUGAGCUGCCUGCUUGUGCUGUUACUUCCUCGCCGAUAAAAUGCAUGGCAGAAUUAAAGUUCGGACAACUGAAGAAGAAAAGGCUAGAAAAGAAAAAGAAAGACAAGAGAAACUUAAAAUAUUUAAACAUGCUAUGCAGAAGAUUUUUAAUAAAAGAAAAGAAGGUGAGCAAGAUGAAGAACAAUUGGAAAUCACUGGACGGGUUCUAUCAUCUAACCCAGACAUCUAUACACUGUGGAACAUCAGACGAGAAAUACUUAUUGUUUUUAGCAAAACUAAAACUGAAGAGGACAUGUCAAAGUCAUACGAUAAUGAAUUAAGUUUAACCGAGUAUUGUCUAAAAAUUAAUCCUAAGUCAUAUUGUGCAUGGCAUCAAAGAGAAUGGGUGCUGUCCACAAGACCUAAUCCUGAUUGGAAGAAAGAACUUGAAUUAUGCAACAUGUAUCUCAAGUAUGAUGAAAGAAACUUUCACACUUGGGAUUAUCGCCGGUUUGUGGUGAGCCAAUGCAAACCAUCAUUGCAAGAAGAAUUCGAUUUCACCACAGAAAAGUUAUAUGACAAUUUCUCAAAUUAUUCAGCUUGGCAUUAUAGAAGCAAAAUGUUAGUUGAAUUAUAUCCAGAUUUAAAAGGCGGCAGACCCAUACAAGAUAACCAUCACAAACAUGAAUUAAAAAUGGUUCAGAGCGCUGCAUUUACGGACCCUGAUGAUACAAGUGCCUGGUUUUAUCAAAGGUGGUUACUGGGCGCAGUGAAGGUCACUAUUCAACUUGUUUCAUGUACUGUCACUCAGUCAAAGUCAACUAUCGCAUUUAGUAGAAAAGUUUCCAAUGAUUAUAUAAAUAGCAAAAUUAAUCUAUACUUUGAUGGUGUGGGUGUAAAUGGUAAAUGGAACCCUUGUUCUGGGCUUGAAUAUGACGAUUUAUGGAUUCUCGAGCACAAUCACGAAGUUACUGAUAAUUUAGAUAUCAAGGUGGAACAUAUUCUUGGUGAUGAAAAGCAGACAAUUAACUGUGCGAAGUAUAAACCUUAUACAUACGUGGGAAAAAAUGAAAUAAGCUUCAAGAACCAAUACUCCGAACCUGUAAUAGAAGAACUAAAUGUGCAACUUGAUUCAUGUCGACAGUUACUAGCCUUAGAACCAGAUAAUAAAUGGACAUUACUAACUACAACUUUCUUCUUGUAUUGUAUUGAUGCAAGUUUGUAUCACAAUGAAAUAAUGGCGAAUUUAGAAACUUUGAAGAAUUUAGACUCUCAAAGGAUUGGAUAUUAUAGUGAUUUAAUAUCAAAAUGGAGUGUUGAACAACAGCUGCCCAAAGAUUACAAGACUGACAGUCUCCAAUAUAAAAUAGAUUUUAGUGAAAAGAUAACGAGUUUACCUCAUUUACAAUAUUAUAAUUUUUAUCAAAUUGUCGAUCUAUCCCAUCAAGCCCUGACAUCAAGAAUAUUACCAACUUUAGUCAAACUCCAACAUUGUAAGGUACUGGAUCUAUCAGGAAACAAUAUAAACACAUUAGAUGGUUUCCCUGAUAUUGAUUUGGAUGAAUUGUAUUUGAAAAACAAUGAUGAAUUAAAUGCGACUGAAAUUGAAAUAUUUAAAGAGAAACACAAAUCUAUGAAAAUAUAUAUUUAAUUCUAAUCUAAUUUAUAUGCAUUAUAGUUACAUAUUUAAAUACAGUAUUUUGUGACAAAUUCUAUAUUCGAAAGUUUUAUAAUGCACAAAUUAUUAUGUACUAUCUCUUCUUGCAUCAUCCCAAGUUAUGCCUUUGUACAACCAGUCUUCAUCAAACUUGAAGAUAGACUUGUUAUUUUUGGUUUUGGCAAAUUUUAUUUUAUUUUCAAUAUUUAAAUAUACCGCCUUUCUGAAGAAAACUCUUCUUGUGAUUGUUUUUGUUGGUACAAUAAUCAAAACCUUACGAUUCAAAGCGGAAGGCUUGAAACCUCCUUUUAAACUCAUUGUCACACUAGUUAUAUCAUGUGGAUUUUCUGGGACAAUCAGUCCCUGAUUGAUGAAAUAGUGACUUCACACUAUGGUAGUCCUGAGAGUACAGGCGCACACGUAAAGCCGAGGUGCCCUACCUGCAGGAUUUAAGGAGGGGAAGUGAGGGAAGAAGAGAAGAGAGGAAGAGUCUCCUUUGAUUGUGUCAAAAAACUAACUAUAUCAACAUAUAUGGCGCAUGCGAAUAGCACAUAAUGCAGUGCGGUUCCGAAUGGUAUCAUUCUGCACUCUUAAAGUCAACCGGCAAGCAAAAAAAAAAAUUUACCAUCUGCCUAUAAAGAUGGUGCAGUCAGUAGUAGUAUUAUUCCUUUCAGUCUUCGAGUUCCUAGGAAUAAGGAGGGCUGCUAAUGUAUUGAAAGACUUACUCACAUUUAUUAAGAUGUGUGACUACUUUUAUUA